AUGAUAGGUGGCGAUGGAGAUGGCGAUUCACGAAACAAAAGUGAUUCACCCACGACAAACAAGGAGGAAGAGGCCCGCGGAGAGGUUCAGAGAACGGAAGUUGAUGGGCCGAGGCAAACAAAUGGCGUGGAAUCGGUGGAGACACUAGCAGUUGUGGAAUCGUACUCCUCCGUUCUUGUGGAGGGAUCUGCAAGCCCGAACCUGAACCCUCAGUUCGUGGUUAAGGAUGGUGUAGCGGAAUUGGAAGUCCCGGUAGAGCUGUUGGAGAACACAGAGCCUCUGUGGAAAAGCUGUGUAGUGGGUUACUUCAUGAAUGACGCUCAGCACAUUGAUUCGGCGACGAAGAAGGACAAUGUUCCGCCACAACCAUCGUCAGAGCCGGCGAAAUCCGGAGGUGGAAAGCAGAAGAAGAAGAAUGUCACAGGAGUGGCAUAUGUUCUUCAUGCUUGUGCUAAAUUAAAUUCAGAGGGACAAAAAUGUGAUGAGGGCACAGAGGCGGCAGUACUUGCAUUCCCUGAUGAUCCCACAAGACAAGAUUAUGCAACGUUUGGAGAUUUUGUUACUAGCGAAACAGAUGAAGUUAUUAAUGCUCAAACUCAAAGGAUUCAAACGCAAGAAGAAGUAGAAUGCCAUUGGAACAUGGAGACUCUUGAUAUUGUGCAAGAGGAAGGCAUCACCAGUGCUUAUGAGCAACAUAGUGGAAAGUUUCAGCCAAAGCCUAGAAGAUUGCUUGACCCUGUGAUUGAAGAAGAAGUAGCUGGGUCUCAUUACUCUGUUGAUGAUGCAACUGGUGCUAAUCAGUUUGAAUGUAUGCUCAAUGAAUGCACCAAUGCUGCAUUUUAUGGAGAGUAUCAAGAAGAAGAAGAAGAUAAUAUUCCACAAGAAUCGGCUCCUGACGUACUGGAACAAGAGCAUCGUGUUGUCUCACCUAGUAAUAACGAUACUGUUAUGGGACAAGGAGAAACGCAGUCCAAUGAAGCGGAAACACGUACUGACAAAAAGGGAGAAAAGAAGAGAGGUCGAAAGAAGAAAGCCACUACGAAUGAAGAAGAAGAAGAAGAAGCAAAUAAGUCCCCUGAGAAGAAGUUCAAGCAUUCGAGUGGUCGGCAGAAAAACAGAUCAUUGGAGAAGGAAUUGCUUGAAACCCCGGAUGGUGAUAUCAAACGUCUGCCUAUGAGAGAUAUGAUUCGCCUUGUUCGAUAUAGAGAAUCGCUGGAGAAAAAAGAAGCAAAGAGAGCUCCUGUUGUGCCGCCGACCCAAGAAAGUAAUACAAACGCAUCUUUUUUGGAUAACCACUAUUAUUCACAAGGUUUUGACGCAGAAGAAGGCGUGUUUGGUAUGGAGGAAGAUGAAAAUUACGUACAAGUUCAACCGGACUCACCGGUUAACUAUCACACGAACAUGAAAAAGACUCCCAGAACUCGUUGGUCAAAACAGGACACACAGCUCUUCUACAAGGGAAUUCAAGCGUUUGGGAUCGAUCUACCGAUGGUACAUCUUCUGUUUCCUGAAGGAAUAACGCUACAACAGAUCAGACUGAAAUACAAGUUGGAAGACCGCAAGAAUCCAUGGAAGAUUAAUGAUGCAAUAUCAACUCGCCGCAAAGAUCUUACUUCUUAUCAUACUGUGAUUAAGAAGCUAGAGCAAAAAGCUGCGGCUGCAAAGGAAGGAGAAGAGGCAGAGACAACUACUGAUGUUCCUGAGAAUGAGGAGGAGACUGAUGAGCGAGCUGGUGAUGGAGUAGCUGGAGUCAAUGAAUCGGACGGUGGAGAUCAAUUCGACGAAAAUGAGGGAGAUGAUGAUGUUGAUGAUUUUUUUAUUAAUUCUUAUAAAAGUGAGAUGUAACAAAAAAAAAGUGAGAUUAGUUUCUUGCCGUGAACGAACACAAUAAUUGUAAAAUCUAUUUGAUUGAGAUAA